AUGCAACAACCUCGUAAAGUUCCAAAUUUACCCAUUUGGUUGCCCAUAAUUCGUGCAAGUGCGUUGGGUUGGGUACCGCUUUCAAGAAAUCCUCUGCCUAAGUUUCCUGCAGACGAUCCGAUCGAUCUCUCUACUUCAACUUCCUACUUUAAUUCUAAACUAAGCAUUAAUGUUUCUGGCGUUAAAUUUGAAAUCCCCCGCUAUUUUGUAGACCAGCAUCCCAACACCCUCCUUGGCUCAACUGAACGUGAAUACUUUUACGACGAGGAGAAUAAGGAAUAUUAUUUUGACCGUGAUCCAACCAUCUUUCGAUAUAUUGUUGAUUAUUAUCGUCAUGGUUUUCUCCAUUUUCCUAGGGCAGAUUGUUUUCUAGCUUAUGAAAAUGAAAUGCACUUCUUUCGAAUAUCCACAGAAUCCAUGGGAGAUUGUUGUUAUGAAUACUUCCAAGACUGUCGAAGAGAACACUCAGAACGACUUAGAGAAGGAAGGUCGGGAGACGAAUUAAAGACUGUCGGGCCGACUACAUUUAGGCAAAAAUUGUGGGCAUCAUUUGAGAAUCCCGACAAUUCUACUUUCUCCCUUGUAAUAUACUAUGUCACCGGAUUUUUCAUCGCAGUUUCUGUGUUGGCAAAUAUUAUUGAAACCAUACCUUUUCCCGAAUCCUCCCCAGAGGUCGGUCGAAAAUCCAUCGGUGAUGUCUACUCAAAUGCAUUUUUCUGUUUGGAUUCAGCUUGCGUGCUCAUUUUCACAGUAGAAUAUUUGGCUCGACUCUAUUCCGCACCUCGUCGAUGGCACUUUUUCCGGUCUGUCAUGAGCCUCAUUGAUGUGGUUGCAAUUCUUCCCUUCUACAUCGCACUUAUGCUUCCAAAUAAAAAGUGUACUUUUGUCCAAUAG